GCUCAAACGCAAAAAAAAGAGUGCAUGCGCUAGGUGGGUAGGAGUCCGAGGGGGUCGAGGUGCGAGGGCGCCGAUUCCUCCUCAUCCUUUUCCCUCAGAGUUCCCCCUCCUCCUCUCGCUUCAGUGGUGUGGACCGCGAGAACGACUAGCCACAGCCCGACUGGCGCCGCUGUCAGUGCGUCCGGGCUCCCCAGCGGUGUGCGCGGGGGGCCUGCUGGAGGCGGCAGCGGCGGCGACAACGACGACGACUACGACGGGGGCGGCCACAUCUUCUCUGGCCCCCACCCCUGCAGUAGUUCCCACAAUUGCCCCCGCCCCUGGGCUUUUUCUGCAGCCCGUGUGAGACUCGCGGGCGCUCCCGCCUCUCGGUCCCCUCCUCCACCCGGCCCUCGCUCCUCCCCGCCUCCGCCUCUCGUUGUUUCUUGGAACCUUUUUUGCUCCUGACCUUUCCUCGCUGGGUCGUCGCCAUGUCUCUGAAAGUGCAUACAAGCAACAUCACCAACAAGAAUGACCCCAAGUCACUCAACUCUCGGGUCUUCAUUGGGAACUUAAACACAGCCAUGGUGAAGAAGGCAGACGUGGAGACCAUCUUCUCCAAGUAUGGCCGUGUAGCCGGCUGCUCUGUGCACAAGGGCUACGCUUUCGUCCAGUACGCCAGUGAGCGCCAUGCUCGUGCCGCCGUGCUGGGCGAGAAUGGGCGGGUGCUGGCGGGGCAGACUCUGGACAUCAACAUGGCCGGAGAACCUAAACCCAAUAGACCAAAAGGACUCAAGAGAGCAGCUUCUGCCUCCUAUGGGGGCUACGACUUUGACUAUGAUUCCUACAGGGAAGACCUGUAUGACAGCCCCAGUCCCAGCCUCAGCCUCAGCCUACUCUUGGCUGCCCGGGAGAAGGGGUUUCCGGCUCCCAGCUCAGGAGUGCAGUCAGGACCACUGUCCGAGGGAAGGCAUGUGAACCCUGGGUUCUUAGUCCCCAGAUCCACCACGGAGCCACUGUGUGGCCUGAGGCUUUUCGAGCCCCGGGGCCGGCUCUCUCCAGUCCCCAGGGUGGUUCCUGUGAAGCGGCCACGGGUCACCAUCCCUCUCGUCCGUCGCAUCAAAGCUACUCUGCCUGUCAGACUCUUCGCCCGCUCCACCACUUCCAACAGUUCAUCUAAGUUAAAGUUGAAAUGUACUGAGCUGCAGACCAUCAAGACAGAACUUACCCAGAUCAAGUACAAUAUUGAGGCCCUGCUGGGGCGACUGGACCAGAUCUCGGAGGAGCAGAGUCCUGGCACAGAUGGCAAGAAGAAGAACGAUGGCAAGAAGAGUGAGGCCGCUCAGGAGGACACGGCGUCCGAGGCAGAGACACCCUUGGAAGAAUUGUUGCCUGGGGAUGAAGGCGAUGAGGCGCUGGCACAAGAUGACUUUGAAGAUUUGGACAACAGCCGAUACACAGAGCUGGAUGAAUUGACUCUACAGUAAAUGCAGCGGGAUAGGAGGGACUGCAGGCUGACCCGAGGAGGACGGUAUGAGGGCAAACCCCGGCCCUGGCCUGGCCCCCUGAGCCAGGCAGCACCCAUCACCCCCCAAACCCCCAGGUGCCACCACCCCCAGCUGGGCAGCGGAGGAGAACUGUGGGUCCGACGGCUUCUACCCACCUGUCACCCAUCAGUGCCAAAUCCAGCCAGCCCCUUCUCCAGAUGGACCUGGUACCCUCAACUACUCACCUGGGCACCUUCCUGCUGGAGCACAUAGCAGGAAAUCUCUCCCUAUCCUCCCACCCCCGGGUCCCCAACUAACUGCCUUCCUUCCUGCCUGGGACUGGCUGGGCAGAGAACAGAAGUUGUAUUAUAUCCUGGACCAGGACACUGCAGGGCUUUGGGGAGGGCAGUCCACAAGGAGGGGACUUGACGAUGACCCUGAUAAUAAAGAGUUUGGAUCCUGAAUGCUCAGGCAGACUGGACGAUGCUUUGUCUUCAGAGCCAUCUUUCAUCCCAUUGGCAUUAAAGCAGAGAGCUGCUUACCAAAUUAUUCAGAGCUAGAAGAGAAUUGUUAAUCUGCUGGACAACAGAAUUUGGUUCCCUGAAAGAUCUCAGCAGGCUGGAAUGGCAGACUGGAAUUGAAUAGGGAUUAAAAUUGGCUUCCAAAAAAAACAGUUACAUGAGGUCUCUAAGGUCCCUUUCCAGCUUUAAACCCAAUAACCCUGAGUACGGAAUAGGGAGGUGUGAUGACUGUGAAAAUCCCAGGUGUUGGAGGGGAUCACCGGCCCAACAUGCUUUGGUAAUGUGACAAGGCAGCCCAAAACAUUACCGUGACUUUAGGCUAUAGAUACGUUUGAGACCCAGCAUCCAGAGGGAGAAAGGUUAUAUCCAUGUUCUCUGCCCUGGUCAGAUCACACCUGGUCAUUGCACCCAGGACUAGGACCACAUUUUAGAAAGAACACUGACAAAGCGAUCAUGGCCAAAUGAUGAGAAGGAUGGAGAGAGAACUGGAAACCAUGUGCCACCCAAAGCUCUUUGGAGAGAACUGGGGAGGGUCAGGCUGAAGACUUAGGAGGAACAUGAUGGGUGGCUUCAGAUACCGGGAAGGCUGUCGUUUGGAAGAGGGGGUUGGGUUUGUUUUCCUUGGCCUUAGAGGGUAGAACUAGGACCAGUGCUGGGGAGAGGAGGGGCACCAUAUGAGAAAGCUCGCUAAAGGAUGAGAGCGGCACCCUAGCGAGAUGGGUUACUUUGGCAGAGGGCGAGUUCUCCAUCACUGGAGUUCUUAAGACAUCAGCUGGAUUUGUCAGGAAUAUGUGCUGUAAGAGGGCAUUGACACAUUGGGCAGGGGAUUUGACUUUACUCCUCCAACUCUGGGAUUCUAUGAUUCCUCUUUAUUAAAACUCUUAUCUUUUGUUAA